ACAUCCUUGAAUGCAAUGAUGGUCAACGUGAAGGUCCCGCACAUGGAAAUAGCUCGAGGAGAUGCUUUACAUUUACAAUGUACCUAUCAAACCACCGCACCAACGAAAAACCAUCUUAACAUUGAAUGGACUCUAGUCGAAGAAGUACCGAGUGAAGAGGAACCAACGAUCGAUGUAAUCCAGUACUUCUACGACGGAAUAUACAGCGUUGGAAAAAACUACAAGGGCAGAGUAAACUUUACAGGAGAUGCCAACGGGGAAGAUUGUUCAAUAGCGAUCCAGAAUGCGCAGAUAACUGACACUGGAACCUACGUGGUAGAAAUCACAACACCUUUUGACUUGGUUGGCACGCGGAAAGAAACAGUGGAUGUGACUGUAUUGGGUCUACUGAGCAGAAAGCGAUUCUACCAAUAG